AUGAGGGAAUCGAUUUUCACAGGGAAGAUUCCUAUAUCCUGUCCAAGCGAAGAUAUUCCAUGGCAAAUGAAGUGCGAUAUCGUGCGGUCUGAUGACAAGAUCGAGAUCAGGCUCAUAGACACAAGGGACAUUUUUACAUUCUACUUCAGCACCAUGUCUCCAAGCGACUUCUAUGUGAUGAAAAGGGAGCAAGACAUUAUUGUUGACUAUGAGAGGUUUAUAUCGGUUCUGGUGAAGAUGUUCCACAGCCUGCAGGGCGGGAAGCUAAGAGGACUAUUUUCAAAGGAAACAAACAAGUUUCUGUUUGUUGAGAAGGACGAAUUCAGAAACAUAGUCAGGCUGGAGCUGAAGUUCUCGAAGCCGGACGAGACACAUUACAAGAUGUACCUGGGGGAUAUGAUAAGCAGGAUGGAGUCUGAAAAUGUGAAGCUCAUUAAGGAAAACGGGAUGCUGCGGGAUAAGUGCAGGAGUGGGGAAAAGGAGCUAAGGGACAGGAUCAGGUACUUAGAGGAAGAGACAAUGGUGGCACAGAAGAAGAUAGAUAAGCUGUACAAAGAGAACGAGGUCCUGAAUGAGAAGGGAGAUACCUGGAGGGCAGAGGUUGACAAGCUGAGCAGUAAGGCCUAUGACUUGGAGAAGGAGAACGGUAGGCUGCAAUAUGAACUAGACAAGCUCAGGUUGCAGGAUGUAAAGAACUCUGGUCUGAUUGAGAGGGCUCAGAAGAUAGAGGAUGAAAGCAAGACUCUCCGAGAGGAGGUAAACACGGCAAAUGAAAUAAUAAGGAAAUACAGCGAGGAGAUAGCACAGAUGAAGAGUGCGAUGGAUGGAAAUGAAGAAGCAUCAAAAGAUCUUCGGGUGAGCAACAAAAAGUACAAGUCCGAGAUCGAGGAUCUCAAGAAGAAGGUGAAGGGAAUGGAAGAGAAGACGAAGAGGAUGAAGGAAGACCUGAGGGCGAAGGAGGCCAGGAUAAAGGAGCUUGAGGCCGAAAACAUAGGGCUUGUGAAGAAGCUUGAAAAUGCUCAAAAUGUUUACAGCCAUUUCUAUAGCAAAAACAUCGAAAACGCCACGUCGAUGAACUACUCCGACAAUGAGAGCAUUUUCUCCAUAGCCCCUGAGUCCUCACCCCAUUGA